AUGGUACAGGAUUUGAGGUCGUAGCUGUUUUUUUAUUUGCAAACUGAACCAUUUCCAACUACAAUUGUUCUGCAACCAGUCCUUGUCGCAGAUUUCAAUUGUUGUGACCUGUAUUAGUGCAAUUUGCCUCAAUUCGUAUUAGGGCUCCUUUCUGCCACGCCGCCGGUGCACUUCGCUUGGCCACAAAAUGCAGCUCGUGUCUCGUCGCGUUGCCAGCAGCCUCAGCAAAGCAGGGCAGCCAUAUCUCCGUGCGAACAUGCUUAGCGCAAUUCGUCUUGGUCAGUUCCAGGCCGUUCCUUCUUGUGUGUGCCGCAGCGCGCACAUAAAUGGAGCCGCCGUCGCCGACCAUUUGCACAAGCCUCAUAGCAACGGCCGCAGUCAUGGAGUUGACUUUCAGAACAAACCGUUUAUCUACGGCAGCCCAACCAUUAUCGACUUGGAGAACAGCAAUGGCGACAGUCACAUUUCCACCCACCACCGCACCCACCAUGGUGCCAGCACUAGCACUGGCAGUUCGGCGCCCUUCAGCACGUCUAACAACCUGAACCGUUCUCCGAAAUAUAAGUACCCCCGGGUACUUCUAAAAAUUAGCGGCGAGGCCCUCCAGGGCAAGCAGGGCUUUGGCGUUGACCCGGCGGUCCUCAAUCUGGUGGCAGAGGAGAUUGCGGAAGCGCACAAGGCAGGCCUGCAGUUGGCGGUAGUGGUGGGUGGCGGCAACUACUUCCGCGGCGCGACAGCACCCAAGGGCAUGGACCGCGCGCAGGCCGAUUAUGUGGGUAUGCUGGCCACAGUAAUGAAUGCACUGCUGCUACAAGGCGCCCUCGAGAACAUGGGCGUUGACACGCGCGUCCAAACAGCCAUUGAAAUGAGAGAGGUCGCGGAGCCGUACAUACGUCGCCGCGCGAUCCGGCACCUAGAUGAGGGCCGAGUCGUCAUAUUUGGCGCCGGCACGGGGAACCCGUUCUUCACCACCGACACCGCUGCAGCUCUGCGCGCGGCCGAGAUGAAUGCCGACGUAUUUAUGAAGGCCACCAAGGUUGAUGGCGUGUACGACUGCGACCCUAUGAAGCAUCAACAUGCCAAGAAGUAUGAGAAGCUAUCGUACCGGCAGGUGUCCAUGGACAAUCUGCAGGUGAUGGACGAGACGGCAAUUACGUUGUGUAAGGAGAACAAUAUCCCCGUCCUCGUGUUCAACGUCAUGGAGAGGGGCAACGUUCUGCGUGCAGCUGCGGGACACAAUGUGGGCACCGUCGUGGAUUCCUCGGAAGAACACAAGCGAAUCUAGUUUGCUAAAGGCGAAACUCUACAUAUGUGUGUAGGGGGUUUUGUAGAGGGUGACAGCGGUCUGGAGGUGCAUUCUGCACGGUGCUAGUAGUAGGUCGUUUGAUGUAGCGAUGAGGGCGGCAUGCGUAGAUGUUGCGGAUGGGUAGGCAGGGGUACGCCAUCGGUAGGAGUUCGCUGCAAGCAGCAGCGGGUGCGCCGCCGGUGCGCUAAGGUCCUGACGGUGGCGCGAUUGGCAGUUAGGCGGCUUUGGAUUUCUGUGAUCUUUGCGACAGGUCUGAGUAUCGAUGGCCCUUACCUCGCUGAACAAGCGUGGCAGUGCUAUUUGAAGGCAUCGAAAGCGAUUAGUUGUGCAAAGGGCGGCACGGCUGACAGGUUUUGCUUUCUGCUUUCUUGGUGCAUAGGGCGUUUUGGCUAGUUCCGUCUUGGGUUAGCCCUAUUAUUGAUGCAUAUGUUUUGCAUUUAAGCACUGAUAAUCCGUUGACGCUUAACCGUCCGGAUGACUUUUUGCUACACGUUUGCCCCCAACAGCGCUAAACUAUUUUGGUGCGGGGCUUUUCGUCGGCAUUAUUAUACCAUAUAACCAACGAUGACUGAUUUUUGCGAACCCUGUAACGCGUAAACUUGCACGG